UUGGGAGAUCAGGCAGAGUAUUUGUCAGAAGCAUCUGCCGACUCUCUCGAAAUCAUGUCUGAAGGAGAGUCCCCUACACCUUUCUCAAGAGGAAGCCGUACACGAGCGAGCCUGCCAGUGGUGAGGACGACAAACCAGACAAAGGAGAGAUCCCUUGGCAUUUUAUAUCUUCAGUAUGGAGAUGAAACUAAGCAACUAAAGAUGCCCAAUGAGAUCACAAGCACAGACACCAUCCGCGCCCUCUUUGUAAGUGCCUUUCCACAGCAGCUGACCAUGAAAAUGCUGGAGUCCCCCAGUGUGGCCAUAUACAUCAAGGAUGAGAGCAGAAAUAUCUAUUAUGAGUUAAAUGAUGUAAGGAACAUUCAAGACAGGUCUUUCCUUAAAGUUUACAACAAAGAUCCGGCACAUGCUUUUAAUCACAUGCCCAGAGCUGUAAAUGGAGAUGUAAGGAUGCAGAGAGACACCUUUCCAAAUGCUUCUCGUCAAGGAUCCACUACGCAUCCUCCUCAUGCGCUUCCGACCUCUCCCCCUGCUACUCCGGUGCCCCAUUCAAUGCCCCCUUCUCCAUCCAGGAUCCCCUAUGGCACGGUCAGGCCAGUCAGUGGUCCUGGCAAUGCAACAAUUCCUAGGGACUGGCUUUCGAACAUCUCAGCAUCCAGACCCAUCUCACCAAGCCCUAGUGCCAUUUUGGAAAGGAGGGAUGUGAAACCCGAUGAGGACCUGGGUAGCAAAAACCUAACUCUUUUUCGAAAUGAGGGACUCUAUGCUGACCCAUACUUGUACCACGAGGGUAGGAUGAGCAUCGCAGCUUCGCAUACAGGACACCCUCUUGACGUUCCCGACCAUGUCAUUGCUUACCAUCGUAGCACCAUGAGGUCUUCAAGCACUUACUGUAAUCCUACUAUGCAGCCCGAAAUUAUGGAGCAAUCAUUGUACCGGCAAAAAUCUAGGAAAUACCCAGACAGUCACUUGCCAACUCUGGGCUCCAAAACGCCUCCUGCCUCGCCUCACCGAGUAACCGACAUGCGAAUGGUAGACAUUCACACCCAUCACAACACUCAAGUGUCUCCUCACACUCUUCACCUUGACAGGUCAUCUCCUAGUCGCCAGUCCCUUAAGAAAGACCCAGGAACUCCCGUGUUUGUGGAAGGAAAGCCACGAAAUGUAAUGGGGUUGCCUGGCAUGGCUGAGGUAGUCCCAUCAACACCUGACAAGAAGGCUUUUGGCUAUGGAACAGCUGUGAUACCCAAAGAGAGUGAGACAAGUGAGAAGACAGUGAAAACUGUGUCCAGUAAAAACAGCACUGAGAAGUCAGGAUCUGCUCACACCUCUAGUGGGAAGAAAUCAGUUGCAUCCACGGAGCCCAGCACUGCAAGCAUCAGCCACUCCGCGCCACUGGGCUCCACCCCCAUGCAAGUCAGCCUCUUCGACAUAAAGCGCAAUGUGACGGAUCUGCGCCUUCAGCUGCACCAGAUGAGACAACUGCAGCUGCAGAACCAAGAGACUCUACGGGCCAUGGUGAAGAAAGCGGAGCUGGAAAUUAGUGACAAAGUGAUCGAAAGAGCAAAGAGGCUGGAAGAUCCUGUGCAACGGCAGCGCCAUCUGGUGGAGCAAGAGAGGCACAAAUAUCUUCACGAAGAGGAACGGAUUAUCAAAAAGUUAGGUGAACUUGAAAGUUUUGUUGAAGAGCUGAAGAAAGAAUCUAUGACUAAAAGGACAGUUACUUUGAAAGAUGUUGAAGAUGGAGCUUUUCUUCUUCGGCAAGUUGGAGAAGCUGUUGCUGCCCUCAAAGGAGACUUUCCAGCACUGCAGAAUAAGAUGCGGGCCAUUCUCCGUGUUGAAGUAGAAGCUGUGAGAUUUCUAAAAGAGGAACCCCAUAAACUAGACACCCUGCUACAAGUCCGCAGCUUGACUGAUAUGCUUACCACACUCCGGAGAAACGUUACAGAUGGCCUGCUGAAGGGUGUGGAUCCUUCCCAAGCUGCGCAGUACAGUGCCAUGGAGAAAGCCACAGCAGCAGAAGUCCUGAAGAGCCAAGACAGCCCCCAGAACAGCCCACAGCACAAUACAGCUGAGCCCACCGCGGAGCCUCCUGUCAAGUCUGAGGUGGUCCCUGUCUCCACAGUGAAAAUCCAUCACGUACAAAGCUCUCCCGUGGUGAUCCACCAGACUCAACACUCGUCCGCAUUGGUCAGCCACUCUCAGACUUCUCCAGUGGCAAACAGCCAUGCAGUACACUCACUGGCAUCAAACCAGCCAACAUCCAGCGUGCCGGAGUCUUCAGCCACAACCACCGCCACCACACUGCAAACGCAGGCACCUCACUCACCCCCUCUGUCCAUCAACGGCUCCACCAUGCAGAGUCUUUUCAUUGAAGAACUUCACAGUGCCAGCACCAGAAACAGAGCUCUGUCCAUUGAGAAAGCAGAGAAGAAAUGGGAAGAGAAAAGACAGAACCUCGAUCACUACAAUGGGAAGGAGUUUGAAAAACUCCUGGAAGAAGCACAAGCAAAUAUCAUGAAAUCUAUUCCAAACCUCGAGAUGCCGCCACAAGCCACACCCUCACCCAAAAGCGAUACAGCCGAGAAAUUAGAUGUUUGCGAAGAGACUUCUCAUGCAGAACAAGCAGCUGAAAAGCUUGUGAAGUCUCCUCCUCCUCCUCCUCCACGCCGCACCUACCUGCUAGGAUCUGGACUGAGCACAAAACUGAGUGAAGUCAGCUACGUGGCCAGGAAGGACACCCCUGUGGUCAAGGAAAGCAGUGAAGAUCCCAGUCAAGGAGCACAGCCCAAAGUAUCUAAGGAGGAUCAAGUCUCAUCUCAACCCCUGCUGACGGGCACCAUCCCACCUGCAAAGGAAGAGGAAGAAGAGGAAGGCGAGAGAAUAAUGGCAGAAUUGCAGGCUUUCCAGAAGUGCUCCUAUAUGGAUAUAAACUCAAACAGUCAUGUUGAGCAGACCAGAAAUGACACACAAACAAAAGAGGCCAGGCCAGUGGCCUUAGUGCAUCCCAAGGAGAAGAAGGUGUGUGGGGAGGCAUCAAAAGAUAAUGACCACCCCAAGGACAAGCCAGGAGGAAAAACAGAAGAGAUGGGUUUGGAUGCUUCCAGCAUUAAUGGAAAUAAAGCUAGCUUUCCAAAGCCUGAAAACUUGACCUUCAGCAAGGAUUUGCUUUUGGACAGUAAGGAUUAUGCCAAGCAAAAUUAUCUUAAGCCAAACAUAAGCAUCUCCAGUAUCCAUUCGAUAGAAAAUGAACGAGAAAGGGGAGCUGAAGGUCCAGCUGUGGAAUCUGGAAGGCAAAAACUAAGCUAUGGAGUAGCAACUGAGACUGGAUACAGUGCACCCCAGAAUGAGUUGCUAGAAAACUCAGGGGCACCUCUGGCCAGGCAAACAGACUUGCAAACUAAGGCUCCUAGAUCGUUGCAGGAGCAAGAAAUGCCUGAUAGUGGCCACAAUCAUGUAGUACUAAGGCAUAAAAUGUCUAGGAACAUUACCUUAAAUAACAUUGAUGAGGUGGAGUCUCCAACUAGUUCUCCAGAUGAAGAAACCCCACCAUCGGAGAACAUUGCUUUUAUGAUUACCAAAACAGCAGUUCAGGCGCUGUCAAGUGGAGAAGUCCAUGAUAUAGUAAACAAGAAGGGAGAUGACGUACAGACUGUUAACAUUGAUUCUAAAAAGGAAAAGGCAUCCGAGCAUAACGUGCCAGAGAAUCCUGAAAGCGACGAUUCGGUUGUUUGCUUGGACAAAAAACCAGUCAUCAUAAUUUUUGAUGAACCAAUGGACAUCAGAGCAGCUUAUAAAAGACUUUCAACAAUCUUUGAAGAAUGUGAUGAAGAACUGGAGAAGAUGAUGGAGGAGAAGAUCGAGGAAGAAGAUGAAGAAGAGGAAGGCUCUGACCCAUGCCCUGCCAAGGAAUAUGCAGUUACCCAGACAGAGAGUAGUCAGAGGCAUUCCAUGGAUUAUUUAACAAAUUGCAGAUUCGAGCAGCAAUACAGACUUCAGACUUCGUCUCGCUUGCCAGCCCAACCCAAACUCCUUGAAGAGCAGGAAACUGAUAAGCUGGAUGGCAGGAAGUCUAGUCACAUUUGUGGGCCGCAUCUAGAAACAAAACCAGAGGCUGCGGACGCUAAGAAGAAAUUUAAGUUUAAAUUCCCCAAAAAGCAGCUGGCUGCUCUUACACAGGCAAUCCGCACAGGAACCAAAACUGGCAAGAAAACGUUGCAGGUUGUAGUAUACGAAGAAGAGGAGGAAGACGGGACUCUCAAACAACACAAAGAGGCUCAAAGGUUUGAAAUCCCCAGUUCUCGGCCUGACAACCCUUCUGGGAAACAAGAGGCAGAUGCUGCAGCCCAAAUAUCGAGGACAGAUGAAAUUAGGAAAAACACUUACAGAACUCUGGACAGCCUGGAGCAGACCAUUAAGCAGCUGGAGAGCACCAUUAGCGAGAUGAGUCCAAAAUCAGUUUCCGAAACCACGUGCCGAUUGGGAGGAGUCCCUGCCCCCGUUUCCCCCCCAACCAAAGAGCCCAUAGCGCUGGAAGAGAAUAAUGCCGAUGUAGAGUCCCCUUCUCCGACUUCACGUAAGAGUUCACCGAGCAGUUCACAGACAAGCAGAAUGCCAGUCCCGGCUGCCACAAAAAGUAGACAACCUGGAAGUGUUGACAAACCAAGCAAACCACACAAACUACAGGACCAGCGGCAGUACAGACAGGUAGUUUUACCCUAA